AUGCCGAAAGUCUUGUUUGGAUUUUCAUGCAUACCGUUUGUGUGUUGCAGCCACGACCGUGACCAGCCGUUCACCUUCCAGCUGGGCGUCGGCCAGGUGAUCAAGGGCUGGGACCAGGGCCUGCUCGACAUGUGCGUGGGAGAGAGGCGCAAAUUAGUGAUUCCCCCAGAGCUGGCCUACGGAGACAGAGGAGCGGGCAACGUCAUCCCAGGAGGUGCUACUCUUACUUUUGAAGUGGAUCUUGUUAACAUUGGUGACUCCCCUCCACCAGUCAAUGUCUUCAAGGAAAUUGAUGCUGAUAAAGAUCAAAUGCUAUCACGAGAAGAGGUGAGCGAAUACCUCAAGAAGCAGAUGGUGGCAGCAGACCAGGAAGGAGGAGAGAGUGAAGAAGUGAAGAGGAUGAUGGAAGACCAUGACAAGCUAGUUGAAGAGAUCUUCCAGCAUGAGGAUAAAGACAAAAAUGGCUUCAUUUCGCAUGAUGAGUUCUCUGGGCCUAAGCACGAUGAGCUGUAGGUGACUUGACGAAAAAGACUGUGGUUGAAUACAGUGAAGUGCAGAUGAAACAAUCUUCCAGAAGCAAAAAUUACAAAAAUAAAUCCCAUCAAAUGUACUGCACUACCGACCGUGACAUGCCAACAUUAAAGUGGCUAUUAACUUUUCAGAGUGCUACUAUAUCAUCAUUUUAUACAAUCUAUAUAAAAAUGAACUCUUUUUCUACACAUAUAACAGAUACCUUUAUUUAAGAAGAAAACUUGAAGAUACAUUUUGUACAUACUUCUAAGGAUUUAUUGAUUACUUUAUUAUUAGUUUAAAGAAAAAAAAUAUUUGGUUUAUUGCUGAGUUAAAUGUUGUCCAAUGUUCUAUAUCAUCUUCACAUUCCACUUAAUUCUGAUUGACAUCUACUUUGUCCAAAAAAUUGCACAGUAAAAGAGAUUAUUGGGUUUGUAAAUGUUAUAAAUGUGUGUUGUUGUUGAAGUUGUAUGAUGUUUAAAUAAAAGCUGUAUUUUAAGUUUUGA